CUCAGAACUGACCAGUCCUGAAACACACAGGACAGACUGAAACCCUCCGACCUCCACUGACCCUACCAAGAUUUUUAGGGCUACCAGACCCCCAAAUUUUCCAAAUCACCCCUAUAAAAAUGAUGCUGGGAGUAUCAGCGCUGACCCUGGUGACCCUUCUGAUUGUCGGGGUGUCCGGACGGCCGUCUCCACAACUCAAACACCUCAAGACUCUAGCUGACCUCUUAACGCAGGACAUGACUUCCUCUGAGGAGGUCCUACUUAUGGAGAGCUUGGAAGAUUUGGGGGCAUCCAUCUCUGGGCCCCGACCCCGGGACACAGCCCUGCCCCAGGACUCUGCCCAGCUCCCCCCCAACCGUGCCUGGCUCCGCCUUUUCAGCGACUUCAUGAGCAACCAGAAGAAGUUUCGGGGGCGCACCAAGAAAUCGGGGACCUCCCGCGGAUGUUUUGGGAUGAAGCUGGAACGGAUAGGAACCGUCAGUGGGCUGGGCUGUUAGCUACAGGUCCGCUGUCCCUCCAACGAGUCCCCCGGGUGGGAUGAUUGAUCCAGAAAUAAAUGAAACAGAAACAAAGAAACUUGUAAACUACAAAUCCGGGUGCGGGUGCCCCUCCCCCCGGACCGACAAUGUCCGCACGGCGGA